AUGAAAAGCAAACGUGGUUCAGGGACGUGCAGAGACAUUUUGGGGGGCAGGGGCUCAAAGUGCACCGGAGCUGUCAUCUCCGGGAAGAGGGACCCAACUGCAGUCAAGAUGGCCGACAUGGGCGUCGCUCUACAUCCAAUCCUUACCGGAAGUCUCAACCGCAAGUCUAUACUAAGAAAUUUCAGUGAAGGUCAUCAAAAGAAGCCUAUUUUCCAAUCCUGGUUCCAGUUCCUGCUUCUGUUUUGUUUUCUACUCUUCAUCUUGUGUUACACCGUGUCCCAGAGCACGCCAUCAUGGUGGGACAGUCUCCCCCUGCAUCAACACUACCACAGGCUUUUCAAUCGGACCAGACAGAUUGUUCUACCUCCUCCUUUUUUCAGAGUUAAACCUCAGGAAAUACUUAAAACCACUGCUGUACCAGCUAUUGUCACAUCUACAAAAACAUCUACCAAAGCACCUAUAAUAGCACCUACGAAACCACCUACCAAAGCACCAACUGUACCCACUGCUGUUACACCUCCUUGGCCUCAGUACCAUCAAGCCUACCCACGGAACUACCACUUUAUAAUGGAUAAACCAGAGGUGUGCAGGAGCCAGAUGCCUUUCCUGGUUUUGAUGAUUCCAGUCGCACCAGGAAAUGUUGAAGCACGGAACGCCAUCCGUCAAACAUGGGGCAAAGAAAAGAAAGUACAGGGCGAGGUGGUGCUCACUCUGUUCAUGCUGGGACUAUCUGGAGGAGCUAAUAUCGAGCAGCAACAGCAGAAGCUCAAAGAGGAGGAUCUGGAACAUCACGACCUGAUCCAGAGCGACUUUAUGGACACUUACAAAAAUCUAACUAUCAAGACAAUGGUGAUCAUGGACUGGCUGGCGACACGCUGCCCUACAGCCGCCUACGCCAUGAAAGUUGACUCUGAUAUGUUCCUGAACAUUGACAAUCUAGUGAUCAUGCUGCAGAGGCCGGGCAUCCCGAGGCUGAACUACCUUACAGGGAUGCUCAUGUGGAACCGGCCGGUGUUGCGCUCAAAGAACUCGAAGUGGUACGUCCCAGAGGAGAUGUACCCAGAGCCAAGUUACCCGACCUACGCUCAUGGCAUAGGAUAUGUCUUCUCCAAUGAUCUUCCUGAGAAGUUUGUGAAUGUGUCAAAAUCAAUAAAGCCUUUCAACAUUGAGGAUGCUUACAUUGGAAUGUGCAUGAAAAAACUUGGACUGAAUCCCUCAUUGCCACCAAAUCCCUACCAGUUUCAGGGCUACCCCUCAAAAUAUGACCGCUGCUCCUUCUCUAAGGUCAUCACCUACAUCCUUGGGUCCCCUAAACAACUAAUAGACUUCUGGACAGACUUAAAGAAGCCAGGACCGCCUUGUCCAUGA